AUGCCUUUCUCGUACCCAGUGUGUGAUCAACCUCCUCACUACCUGAGAGCAAGCGCGCAGCAACUUCAGCAGACCCAUACUGAAACUGUCUCAAGUACGGACCAGCGCAAUGAAGACGAGCAAACCGCAUUCCCCGCGGUCAUGGACAAGCUGAGCCACGAAUGGGGCUUCGUCGUAGUGCGCACGGCUUACAAGGCCGAUGACAUAGCGGAUGUGACAGCUUGGUCCGCAGCCAUCAACAGGUUGCGAACGCUCGCGCUCCCCCGCGAACACAACGCUGAGAUGGACCCGGCCACCUUUGCAUUACCCGUGAUGGCCAGUCGGUCCAUGCUGAAAGGGGCGAGCUUUAACGCCGUGCGCGCAGCCUUCAACGCCUGGGUGCAUGCGUACGUGCGUGACAGGCGGGAGGCGGGCACCGGCGACGACGGUGAUGAAUGGCCGUCCGAUGUGCGGCGUGACUGCUGCAUAGUUGUGGAUGAGUUAGCGUUGGAGUCGCUACAGUCGGCUUCUGAAGCUGAGCCGUUUGUUAUCGUUGUCGAUGCCACGGACCCGGAUUCUGUCCCGUAUAACGGCGGCGGACCGUACACCGGCUGGAUGCGAGCUACAGCGAACUCGCUUGGGGCGCUCUAUGACAACAUGGAAUCACAAGGCAUGGGUGAAGGCCUGUGCCCAAUCCGCGAAUACUCGGGACAGAUUCCAUUAUACGAUGGCUCACCAGCGGGAAGGCUGAUCGACCCGCCUGAGGGGUUGGAGGGAAAAUACAAGUUUCCCCGCGGCACACCAAGGGGUGCACAGGCAGGUCAGGCUAUGCUAGAUGAAAUAAAGCGUGCUACAGGCGGGAACUAUACAUAA